GGCAAGUUUCUGUGGUGACAUCUAUCUGAUUUUCUUUGACGUUAAAAUGAAAAGUAUGACCUGACAACUGGUAAGCCUUUUGAGAAAAUCCGUGGACUACUCUUAGAAAGCUGAUAAUUGUACUCUAACCACCAAUCUAUUUUAAAGAAGAUUACCAAACUUGAGGGCACUACUGUUUACUUUGACUGAUGCGAUUGCUCAGCUCCUGGUAUUUCUGGUGCAGCACUGAAGAGCAAUAAAGAAGAAAGUGUGUCCUGUUUGCCAGAAAUACCAAGACUGGCAGGAGUCCUGAGGAGCAGCUGAGUUAGUUCAGCAGUGGUGAUUGUCUCCAUGCAGGACAAAGUAGCUCUGGAGUAUCCUCCGAUGAGACAAAAUCAUUCAAGGCCAUUGUCCUGCAAUGCCUUUGCCAUGGCUCUUGGAAGACAGGCAAGUUCUCCUGGACCAGCUGCCUGGAAAGGAGUCCUAAAGCCUUCCAGCCCCACAUUCUGUAAGAGAGGACACAGAUUUUGUACAAAACUGGAGGUGACAUGGGUGAUGGGAGAAGAGAAAGCUGCUGGGCUGCAAGGAGUCAUGUUUAGAGAAAGUGUUCUGGGCAGGACCCAAAUGCGUGGCAGGGAUGGACAAGGCACUGCUCUCAAGGCUGGGAAGGGCUGGGAUGCCCUCUGUGCCAUUCUCUGUGACACAGGAUUUAUGCCUGGCCCAUUCAUCUGCCUGAAGCACUGCAGGUCCAGGCACAAAGCUACACCUUCAAGUUUUGCACAAAAGGAUGUGGACGCUAUUUCACUGACAAUUGCUUGGAAAAACAGCACUCUGUGGUACCUAUUGAAGAAGAAAACAGGCAAGAGACUGCUUUUCAUGAUUUCUAAGUUCAGCUGUCUGGAAAAGGCCUUCAUGUUUUGUCUCCUUUUCCCAGCUACUGCUGCACAAGUGAGUAUCCAUGUGAGUGCAGGAUGGAGAGAAGAAUGAUGCAAACUCAGCACACAACAUUUGUUGAAACGGCUUAGAAGAGAAUCUUAUAACUUGAAAAUGGUGUCCUGGCUCCUCAGUGGUCCUGCUUCCUUCUGCCACUCCGCACAAACAAAGCAAAUUCUGUCUCCCAGUUUCACCUACUGCUGUUUGUGCAACAACUGGCAUUUUUCAGACAUCUUUCCUGUUAUUUUUCAAGUAUCUUUUCUGAUACUUUACUUCAUUUUGAAAGCAGAAAGAGAAAUAAAUCUGCAAACCAGACAUGGUCAGGUGUUAAUCAAAGUUGUGUGAC